GACAUAGCUGGUCGCUGGGCGGAUCACGCCACUUAGAGUGCGGUGGCCAGCGCGCGGCGUAUUGUGCGCGUCGACUGUCACCUUCACUCGAGUGCUUCAUUCGGGUCUAUGGCUACAAUUGGACAUGCGCAUGCCUUCAUUAACGAGCUCGGUCCCCCUCUCCUCGUCUCCUCUCCAAACUAUCUUCUGCUGUCUUGCCCAGCUCGGAACCGCGCAAAUCGAGGUAUAUAGAGACAAAAAGGUGCCGUCUCCCGUUCCCUUGUACAAUUACUUGGCGCCAGUUUACUCCACCCACGGCCGCAUGCGUGUGCCUCUAUCGGCCCCCCUCCCUCUCCAUUGCCCACCACCACGAAUUUCUCGCCGAGGUCAACAUUUCAGCUUCGUGGCGCAAAGGCCAGCGCGCAGCUGCAAAGAGUCGGUCAGCGUGCUCCCUGCACCAUCAACCUCGGAAUCCCACUCAAGUACUGCUCGGACAUCUCGCUCCCUCAAGACCUCACCUUUUUCCCGCGAGCUUUCCUGCUUCUGCCGCAGCAGCGAUGUCUCGCUCCUCCUCCAUGCACAUUCGCUCCGCGCCACGAGCGAUACCGAGAGCGCUCCCCAGGGGGUGCUUGUUGACGAUCCCCGUUCCUCACGCACACGCCUCGUCACAGAAAGCGCGCUUUGCUCUCCCUGUGCCUUGAACAGAUCCAGAAGCACAACGUUUUGCACGUUUGGCAGAUUCUCCGUUCUAUAUAGCGACUAUCCACCUGUGUAUCUAAUGGCGGCACAACGCCGUCGCCAUCGUCGCCCUCCACUCGCACCGCAUCGAAUCUUCACACGCCUUGCAACCUCGAGCUUAGUCUCUCACACGCUGACUGGGCUGUAGGUCAAGAACGCUGAGUGGCAGACGCCACCUGCAGCUUUUACGGUACCUAUCACACUCCUUCCUCACGAGCAUCCUCCGGGCUUGUGAGGAAGCUCCGUUGUCAUCAUCGACGAACGCGAAUCGCAUACUCCGGUGG